GACGCAGUGUAUGGACUGUGCCAUCACGGUACUUCAUACGAUUAGAGGUGUGUCGAUGUAAUGGUCAGGUAUACCUGUGUAUGUGUGGGAAAUGUGUUCAGUUUAACUACAAUUAUUAUAUGCACGACUCGAGUGGUUACAACUGUAAGGUAAGGUCAGUCUUUUGAGAAAUACACAAUGUGUAACUAGUCAGUUUAGUCCUCUGGUUGUAUAUUUCAUUAACAUAGAUGUAGCCAUUGUCCAAAUGAACGGAUCAAUGCUCACGAGAUAAACCAUUUAUCUAGACGCGACAUUCCAUCACGUGAUUGGAUUAUCAGAAGUAGACUUAAAGCUCUGCAACAUCAGAAAAGACAGAUACUUUUUGAGGGCAUCUAAAGCAUCUGAGUUAUAAGUUCAACUGCAAAGCCAACACUUCAGACAAUGAGUUCCAGUUCACAUCCAUAUUUAUCCUCGUCGUCGUUCAUGUUCACCAAGUCUGGUAGCUACAUAAAAGACGUGAACACAAUGGGACACAGACAAAACACAGGAAGCUUGCAUCGGCAUUCAGUAGCCGAGGUGUAUAGUGAGACCAUCGAGAGAGGUAACCUUUCUAAUUCAAGGGAAGAAAGAAGAAACAGUGCCUCCAAAUGUAUGGUGUCAGAGACUAACGGCAGUGGUAACAAAAUAAGCGUAGGAAAUGGGCACACAACUUUGCCGGAUGAAAUUAUAACAGAAAAUGCAGGAGAGGUAAUGAAAUUUUCACAAAUGCCACACAGAAGCAAGUACACACUUUUUAUGUUGGCUGUCGCUAAUUUUGGUGCAGGAUGUGCUUACUCUUUACCAGCACCUUUCUUUCCGAGAGAGGCUGCAAAGAAAGGUGUCUCCUCCACAGUGAUUGGUCUGGUGUUUAGUUGCUUCCAGUUAGUGAUUGUUGUGACAAGUCCUUUCUUUGGCAAUUUUAUAACUCACAUUGGUGCCAAAUUUACAUAUGUCAGUGGUAUAAUGACAGCAGGGGUUUGUGCUAUUCUGUUUGGAUUUUUAGAUCAAGGACCUUCUGGUACACCAUUUAUUGCCAUGUCUUUCAUAGUCAGAACAGUAGAGGCUAUUGGUGUGGCUGCUUUCUCUACAGCAAGUUUUGCUAUUGUUUCAAAUGAGUUUCCUAAUCACAUUGGCUCAGUCUUCGCAACACUUGAGACUUGUGUUGGUAUUGGGCUUAUGAUUGGUCCAACUAUUGGUGGAGCUUUAUAUGAGUUUGGUGGGUUUGGAAUGCCGUUUUGGGUGAUUGGUGUCAUCAUUUGUAGCAGUGGACUCACAAUCUUGACCUGUCUACCCCAGCCUCAAGACACUGUCAAACAAAAGAAUGGCUCAAUAUUUUCCUUACUUAGAAGUGUCAUCGUCUGGGUCUCCAGUCUGUCUAUAUUUGCAGGAGCUUGUGGAAUUUCUUACUUGGACCCUACACUCUCAGAUCACUUGGAUCAGUUUGGUCUAUCAACACUUCUAGUUGGCCUGUUUUUUAUCAUUGGUCCAGGUUUACAUGCCAUACUGGCUCCAGUGUGGGGAUACAUCAGUGACAGGAAAGACAUUCAGUCUCCCUUGUUGGUCUUGGGAAAUCUUGUCUGCACCAUAGGAUUCUUGUUUGUUGGACCUUCACCAUUACUACCUUUUUUACCUAGGGAAUUAUGGGUAGUUACUGUGGGUCUUAUAUUGUUUGGACUAACCAUUGGAUGCUCUAUAGUGCCAACUAUGAAAUGUUUAGUCAUAGGAGCCAGAGAACUUGGAUUUCCAGAUAAUUUAAGUACAUUUGGUAUGGUCUCAGGACUUUUUAAUGCUGCCUUCUGUUUUGGUGCCUUUGUUGGACCAACAAUUGGUGGAGCUCUUAUUGAAAAAAUUGGAUUUGCUUAUGGGUCAACAAUAAUUGCUUCUUUCUUUUUUGUGGUGAUGAUUGUAACUUCAGUCUACUUUAGUGUCAGAAGACUAAGACACAAGUCAGAUAUUCAGAUGACUAAAUACACUGAUCUCAGCUCCAACUCACAACAGACACUCAGGCCAAACGAAGACACAGAGAUUACUGAGAGGUCCCCACUUCUAUUGGAUAAAUCACAGAAAAAAACUCGAUUGACAUUUGAUUCAUCAUUUUCUUCUUCCCAAGGGGAUUUAACUAGAAUGUGAACACAUGUUUCAGGCCAUUAAAAUGUGUGAAUGCAGCUCAAGUUACUCUCAAUUAUUUUCACUCAUAUUUUUUUUACAUGAUUUAAAGCUCCCAUUAUAGACCUGAACAAAGCAGCAAAGUAAAGUUGUGACCAUAAGAUAUUGAGACUUUUAGAUGUGACAAGUGCAAUAACAAUUUUUUCACAAUUUAUUCCCAUCAAUUAACUCUUUCUCUACUAACUGAUGAUACCAACGUUGAUUUCACCAGAAUGUGGUAAAUAAUUACGGAGACUAAGAGUUAAUGUUCAAAUUGAAACAAUAGGAGGAGGAGGGGCAUCCAAUCCUGAAUAAAUCUUCUCUACUUCCCUUUUUUAAACUAUGGUCUAUUGUCUUGGCAGGUCAAAGGUAAUACCACUUGGACAAGUUUCAUAUUGUCUUCAAAAUAUAUUUGUUUUACUUGAGAAAGUUAGAAAUGCAUUUUUUCAAAGUUAAAGAAACAGAACAAGUUUGUCCUUAUGAAAUAUGAUGCCACAGGGCACUAAUCAAAAUUAUUUGUUUCCUAAGCUGAAACUCAUACAUAGCUGAGAGGACUUAAUUUGAUAUUCUGUUAAUCUCCAGAUAUAUGCAGUCUGACUAGAUUUCAUUGUUAGUAUAGGUUCUUGAUGAUGGACAGUGAAAAGGCAAUGACCUCAACACUAAGAAAAGCAAGCCUAACAAAAAAUGUCUGGUUCAUCUAUCACCAAAGCAAAUAUCGCCUUUACCUGCCUUGCAAGUGGAUGUGAAUAUCUCUCCUGAAUAGAGCUAUACAGUCACAUGAAAAAGUACAGCAUGAGAUGAUCCAGAAUCAUUUUAUGACUGAAGGAAGCCAAUAAAUAAGGGUUUUGUCAAACUAUUCAAUAGAACAUAGCAGUGUAUCAAGUUCAUUUUUUUUCAAAUGUAGGUAUUGUCCUUUCUUUGCCUUAAGUCACAAGAUACAUUCCACUUCAAUUGUAAUUGUGAAAAUAAAUUCUGGCUGCUCACUGCAAUUCUAGGAAUGGUAUUAGAAUUCAGUACAUUUUUUUUUACUUAAAUACUAAGAAAAUGAAGGAAAAAGCCAAUAUUAAAGUCUGUAAAGACUUUAUUUCUCAAAACAUUUGAUUUCUUGUUUGAACUUACAAAACAUAUGUCUGUUAACCAAAUGUCUAUGUACAUAUGUCUUGUUCUACUGUCAGAUAUAUACAACUGAUUAACACAUCAAGAGGUUGGAUCCUUAACAUUAAGAUACACACAAAUACAUGUAAUGCAACAGCGGAUUGGAUCUUAUAAAGGAAAACUGGAUAGGAUCCAAAACAAAAAAAGUAUUAACAAAAUUAUCCCAUAAUCACAGCAUAAACACCAAGUCAGUUCAGUUUUGAUCAUCAAAUCUUUUAUCUAUAUUCAGUUGAAGGAAACAAAAUUUAUAUGUUCAUAUAAAUAAUUAACAUAAAAACUGUAUAAACUUUUGUUCUUGUGUUUGAUUGACAGUGUAUUCUAACUUGUCAGAGAAUCAGUUUAUUUCUAGAUCUUGAAAAUAUAGUUGUUUAAAUAACUAAUUUAGCUUGCAAUAAAAAAUUUUAAUAUGACAAAGCUACUCAAAAUUGGCAACAAAAACUUUCUACUUGCAGGCAAAUUUUAGAACCUUAUUUCUAGUUAGAAGAGAUGUUCUAUUCCCAAUAAAUUCUAUCAAUGAUUUACAAUUCUGUGAUUCUAAGGGAGAGAUGAAGCUUAAA